GCGUGUGAAAUGACGCUUGUACCGCUAAAUCUCUCUCUUUCUUUGACCUCUAUAUAAACCCCCUCACACCACUUUCCUCAGCACCCAAACACGGUUCUAACAUAUCUCAUUCCAAUUUCGCCCCUCGCCGGAAAAAGAAAACCUCACCGCAACGUUCGAUUCAGUUUCCGAUGGCGCCAGCGCUGAACCUCGCCGCCGGAGGAAUUCCGCUGAGUUUCUCUUCCUCCGUCGACCGCUCCGCCAGCUUUCCACGGCGGUCCUCGGUCCGCGCCGUCGCGGCUGAGGCGGUGGAUACGCAGCGGUCGGCGGCGAGCCUUUACGAGGUGCUGCGAGUCGAGCGAGACGCAUCGCCGACGGAGAUCAAGUCGGCGUACCGGAGCCUCGCGAAGCUCUACCAUCCCGAUGCGGCGGUGCAGAGGUCACCGGAGACUGACGGCGACGGAGACUUCAUUCAGCUCCGAAACGCGUACGAGACGCUGUCGGAUCCGUCGGCGAGGGCGAUGUACGAUAGGACGCUGGCGGCGGCGCACGGCGGAAGACACCGCCGGUUUUCUAAUUCGCUUAGUCGGAACCACUCGUCGGCGUUUUACACGACGCGAAGGUGGGAAACGGACCAAUGCUGGUAGAGGAAUUAACAAAGAAAAAUGUGGAUUUGUUAACAAGAAAGAGGAAUCGCCGAAUCGGUGAAAACGAUGUCAAAAAGAGUGAUGAGAAUCGGAAAUUACUAACUUAGAUGGAUAGAGCAAACAAAGAGAGAGAGAGAGAGAGAGGAUGAAGAAGCAAAUUUUGCUUCUCUUUUUGUGAGAAUGUAAAUGAUUUUGUUUUUUUUUUUGGUGUGGCUA